GAUAACCACUUCCGCUUUUUUUCCUCGCAGGUCAACAUUUGCGUAUACCUAGAAAGACAGUAAAGACAUUGUAGAAAGGUUUUUGUUGGUUAAAACUCACGUUUAGGAGAUCGACAGGUUGAGAUAUUUAUGGAGCAUAAUAAUGGAGAUACUUCUAGCUGGUCGAUGCAGCGACGAAUGGAAGGUUUGGUCAACAAACACAUGGCAGACAUAGCACUAGAAACACUCCAACAGAGACUAUCAGCUGUGUCCGAAGAAAUGAACCAUCUUGCGGAACAUGUCUCGAGACGCUCGGAGGAUGUUCCCAAGUAUGAUAUUCCAAGACGCACAGAUGUAAACUUUGACGUUGAGUCACUGAGUGCAACAUUUAGCACGGGUGGUGUUGGGGAAAAGUUGGCGAUCCCAGGCACCUCACCAUCAGCAGAGACGGCUGCCCAGCGUAAAAUCAUCUCCCUGCUGGUGGAGAUUAAGGAGGAGCAGCAGAGACAGUGGGGCGUUUUGAGGCAGAUGCAGGCCAGGGUUCAGGGCCAGAGCUUUCCGGUGGUAGAGGAAGAGGUGGAGGCUCUAGACAUUGACAUCCCACUGAGGACCAUGGAGCAGCUAGAUGACACAGAGAGGCACCUGGAGGAUGCAGGAGCGCAGAAGAGAAUGGUGUCUCACCUGUCACGAAUGGGUGGGGCCACGUUUGAUGAUGCGGUGCGAAGGCUCAUGCAGGCAGUGCUAUCUUUUGCUGUGGGCUCUGAGCUCAACUGGGUGGGCCGAGGCCAGAAAAGGAGCUUCAGAAACACCCGCCUCCAAGGGGUUCUCUUCUGUGCUCUGAAAAGAACCCCAGUGGGCAAAGAGGCCACACAUCACCAGUUUGCAGACGUGGUGAAGAAGUGGCUGCGGUUCGCCCCGUUUCGACAGGGAGGGAGUGGUCGACGGCAUUAUAAACCACCUGUUGACUUCCUGUGUCCAAAGGAAUGUGUAGGUCUGCCUACACAUCAGCCUACACAUCCACAGUAACUCACAAUCAGCUUAUUAAAUAUAUUAUAUUGUUUAACAUUUUAGUAUUUUUUCCUAAGUUUGUUACAUUGCAAAAAAUAAAUGCUAUUUGAAUGUGAAUACAUGCGGUUUGGCCCAUGUUACUUCAUACAGGGCCAAACCUGUGAUCUGCUCAAGUAACUUGUACCCCUGCAUAAAUCAUGCAAUGAUGUAAAUCACGUGCCAAACUCAUUCCACGGAGGGUAGAGUGUCUGCUGGUUUUCACUCCUACCUUGUACUUGAUUGAUGAAUCAAGGUCACUAAUUAGUAAAUAACUUCAGUCACCUGGUUUUCUAGGUAUUAAUUGAAAAUAAAUAAUAAAAACCUGCAGACACUAGGCACAACAUGGAAUGAGUUUGACACCCCUGAUGUAAAUUGAAGAUGUAUUCUCAAAGUCCAGUUUCUCACAAAGUUGUCAAAAUUAUGUCAACAAUGUAUAGUCUCCAAUAGAGACACAUCCCAUGACGCUCCUCACAUCACAGAUCUGUCAGGUGUGGUUGGCUGUUUAUCCCAGAGUAAUUCAAACAAAAUACUGCUGCAAAACCUGUUGAUAAAAGUUGUGUAUUGCAUUUAAUGCUUUGAAGGUACUGAUUAGAAAGCUUUCCGGCAGAUUUUUUUUUACCCCACUAAUGAGAAUAUUGGCAAAUAUAUACUACAAUUCAAAAGUUUGGGGUCACAUAGAAAUGUCCUUGUUUUUGAAAAAGCACAUUUUAUGUCCAUUAAAAUAACAUCAAAUUGAUCAGAAAUACAGU